ACAAACUCCAAAGACCUCUUUUAUCGGCCCUGGUUUCGGACUCAUUCAAUUCCUCGAACUCGGCGUUUAGCUUCUGGUUGGUGGGGGAAAAAAGAAGAACUGGGGAAGAACCCGGCGACGAUACUCGGCUCUUUUUUCCCUCUUGUUCUUCCUUCUUCGACCUUCUUCCCCUUUUCAGAACAACCCCUUUUCCCCAUUUUUUGUUUUUCCCCUUUCCCUGUUCAGUCCCCUGCUUUUUUGUUAACGGUUUCACAGACUUCCCCCUUUGGCAGAGCUUGAAACUUCAAGAAAUUUCGUUUCUGGGUGCUGAACUGGCUUGGGUGGGAGAAGAAGUUGUAUGAGUUCUGCUGAAGACUUUCGACCAGGCCAGAAGGUGAUGAUCCAUAUGGAAGAUGAACAGGAUGGCGAGCUACCAAUUCCAUCUGGUCGCCUUACUGGCAUAAACUUUAGUGUCUCAAAUCAGCAAGAUAUAGAGAAUAUAGCAGUAAUAACAGUUGAUGCAGCCAGUGAGGUAUCUGAUCCUAAGUUGGGACUUCCAAAUCCAUCUUAUCAGUGCACCACAUGUGGUGCUAGCUCUCUAAAAUUUUGUGAAGGUCAUUUUGGGGUUAUCAAAUUCCCAUAUACUAUAAUCCAUCCUUAUUUUCUCUCGGAAGUUGCACAAGUGUUGAAUAAAGUUUGUCCAGGAUGUAAAUCUAUCAGGCAGGAACUAUGGGGCAAGGUUGAGGAUCCAACAUCUGAUUAUAAUCGACCUAAGGGUUGCCGAUAUUGUUUUGGAAGUUUAAAGGAUUGGUAUCCACCUAUGAGGUUUAAGCUUUCAACUACUGAUAUGUUCAAAAAAAGUAUGAUUAUGGUGGAAGUGAAAGAAAAUAUGUCGAAGAAAUAUCAAAAGAGGGUCGCUAAAGGAGGUUUGCCUUCAGAUUAUUGGGAUUUUAUCCCUAAAGAUGAACAACAGGAAGAAAGUUACUGUAGACCAAACCGGAAAAUCCUAACUCAUGCUCAGGUUCAUUAUUUGUUGAAAGACAUCGACCCAAAGUUUCUUAAAAAGUUUGUACCUGCAAUAGAUUCACUGUUUCUAAACUCUUUCCCUGUUACUCCGAACAGUCAUCGUGUGACUGAAAUGGCACAUUCAUUUUCAAAUGGACAGCGUUUGAUCUUUGAUGAAAGGACCAGGGCUUACAAGAAGGUGGUUGAUUUUAGAGGGACAGCCAACGAGUUAGGUUCUCGUGUUCUCGAUUGUCUCAAAAUUUCGAAGCUUAGCCCAGAGAAGUUACAAAGUAAAGAUUUGGUUUACCAGCAAAAAAAAAUUAAGGAUACUGCUACUAGUUCAUCUGGUUUAAGAUGGAUCAAAGAUGUUGUUCUUGGAAAGCGGAGUGAUCACUGUUUCCGCAUGGUUGUCGUUGGUGAUCCAAACAUUGAGUUAAGUGAAAUUGGCAUACCUUGUCAUGUUGCAGAGAGAUUGCAAAUAUCUGAACAUCUGAGUUCUUGGAAUAUGAAGAAAUUAAGUACUUCUUGUUACCUUCAUCUUGUUGAAAAGGGAGAGAUCUAUGUUCGUCGUGAAGGUCGUCUGGUUCGUGUACGUAAUGUUCUUGAACUUAACAUGGGGGACACUAUAUAUAGGCCCCUAGCUGAUGGGGAUGUUGUGCUAGUUAAUCGACCUCCAUCCAUACAUCAACACUCACUUAUUGCUUUAUCUGUCAAGCUUCUUCCUGUCUCUGCAGUUCUUUCCUUAAACCCACUCUGUUGUUCUCCUUUCCGUGGAGAUUUUGACGGUGACUGCCUUCAUGGUUAUGUUCCUCAAUCGUUGGAAGCCCGAGUUGAGGUUAGAGAGCUGGUUUCCCUAGAUAGGCAGUUAAUUAAUGGCCAAAGUGGUAGAAAUCUGCUGUCACUUAGUCAUGAUAGUUUAACUGCUGCUCAUUUAAUUCUGGAAGAUGGAGUUUCGUUAAAUCUUUUCCAGAUGCAGCAGUUGCAAAUGCUCACUUUACAUCAGUUGUUGCCUCCAGCAAUUGUGAAAUCCCCUUUGCUUAGAAAUUGUGCUUGGACUGGGAAACAGUUAUUCAGCAUCCUCCUACCUCCUGAUUUUGAAUAUUCUUCUCCUUCUCACAAUGUUUUCAUUGAGAAGGGAGAAUUAAUAUCUUCAGAAGGAUCUUACUGGCUUCGAGACAGUGGUAGAAACCUCUUCCAAGCGCUAAUAGAACACUGUGAGGGCAAGACCCUUGAUUACUUGCGUGAUGCUCAAGGGGUUCUUUGUGAAUGGUUAUCGAUGAGGGGCUUGAGCGUUUCAUUGUCAGACUUGUACCUCUCUGUGGAUUCAUACUCUCACAAAAACAUGAUGGAUGAUAUCUUUUGUGGGUUACAGGAAGCUGAGGAAACAUGUAAUUUAAAGCAGCUGAUGGUGGAUUCACAUAAAGAGAUCCUUACUGGAAAUGACGAAGAUAAUCAACACUUGUUAUCUAUUGCAGUGGAGCAUUUAAUUUAUGAGAAGCAGAAAUCUGCUGCUCUAAAUCAAGCUUCUGUUGAUGCUUUCAAGAAAGUUUUCCGGGAUAUACAAAAUCUAGUUCACAAGUAUUCUGGUAAAGACAAUUCACUUCUUACUAUGUUCAAGGCUGGAAGCAAGGGUAAUUUGAUGAAACUAGUUCAACAUAGCAUGUGUCUUGGCUUGCAACACUCUUUGGUUACUCUAUCCUUUAGCCUUCCGCAUAAGCUCUCAUGUUCUGCAUGGAACAGUCAGAAGAUGCCUCGUUAUAUUCAGGAGGAUGGUCUUCCUGACCGUACACAGUCUUUCAUACCCUAUGCUGUGGUGGAAAAUUCCUUUCUCUCGGGGCUUAAUCCAUUUGAGUGUUUUGCUCAUUCUGUGACAAAUCGGGAUAGCUCUUUCAGUGACAAUGCUGAAGUUCCUGGGACUUUGACACGAAAACUUACGUUUUUAAUGCGGGAUAUAUAUACUGCAUAUGAUGGAACAGUGAGGAAUGCAUAUGGAAAUCAGCUGGUUCAAUUUUGUUAUGAUAUUGAUAGACCUACUAGUGUUUCUAGUGAAUCGGAUAGUGAGAAUAAUAGAGAUCGUGAUAUAGGUGGUCAUCCUGUUGGGUCAUUGGCUGCUUGUGCUUUCUCAGAAGCUGCAUAUAGUGCUUUGGACCAACCAAUUAGUCUACUUGAAGCUUCGCCGUUACUAAACCUAAAGCGAGUGCUGGAGUGUGGUUCAAAGAGGAAUAGUACCAAACAAACCUUUUCAUUGUUCUUAUCGGAGAAACUUUCAAAACGAAGUUACGGAUUUGAGUAUGGAGCUCUAGGAGUUAAGAACCAUUUAGAAAGAGUAAUGUUUAAAGAUAUUGUGUCUAGUGUCAUGAUAAUCUUCUCCCCACAGCCCUCCCGGAAGAAGCAUUUUAGUCCUUGGGUUUGCCACUUUCAUGUAUGCAAGGACAUUUUGAAGAAAAGAAGAUUGAAGAUGAAUUCUGUUAUCCAUUCCCUCAAUAUGCGGUGCGACUCUGUGAGACAAGAAGGAAGAAUGAAUUUGCCCUCUUUGCAAAUAAUUACCCAGGAUUGUCCUCUAGCUGAUUCACUGACAGAAGAUGGUGAUACAGUGUGCUUAACUGUUACAAUAGCUGAAAAUACAAAAAACUCUUUCCUGCAAUUAGAUUUCAUUCAAGAUUUGCUGAUUCAUUUCCUUCUUGGUACAGUUAUAAGAGGCUUUGCUGAGAUUGACAGGGUAGACAUCACAUGGAAUGACCGCCCAAAGGUCCCAAAACCUCGUUGUAGUCAUGGUGAGCUCUACUUGCGGGUGACCAUGUCUGGAGAAGGAAAUUCAAGAUUUUGGGCAACUCUCAUUAAUAAUUGCCUCCCUAUAAUGGAUUUGAUUGAUUGGACUCGUAGUCAUCCAGAUAACACUCAUAGUCUCUGUUUGGCGUAUGGCAUAGAUUCUGGAUGGAAGUACUUUCUCAACAGUUUGGAGUGUGCAACGUUGGAUAUUGGUAAAACAAUACGUCUUGAACAUUUGCUGCUUGUUGCAAAUUCUCUUUCGGCUACAGGAGAAUUUGUAGGCUUAAAUGUGAAAGGACUGACACAUCAAAGGGAACAUGCUUUGGUCAAAACACCCUUUAUGCAAGCUUGCUUCUCAAGUCCUGGAGCUUGUUUGAUUAAAGCUGCCAAGGCUGGAAUCAAGGACAAUCUGUCAGGAAGUUUAGAUGCUUUGGCAUGGGGGAGAAUGCCUUCACUGGGAACGGGGGGACAGUUCGAUAUCCUAUAUUCUGGGAAGGGGCACGAGCUUAAUAAGCCUGUUGAUGUUUAUAAUCUACUGGGUGGACAAAGCACUUGUGAGAAGCAGAAUGCGAAGAUUGAAUCUGUUGAUAAGAACAAUAUAUCUGAGAAAUAUAGUGCUCAGUUAGUGCUUAAAAAUGGAGGUUCUACCAUUAAAGGACUUAAAAGGCUGGAUAGUGUUUCUAAAUCAAUUUUAAGGAAAUUUUUGACGCUGAACGAUAUUCAAAAGCUGUCGUUUGCAUUGAGAACCAUUUUACACAAGUAUUCUCUAAAUGAAAGGUUAAAUGAAGUGGACAAAUCAACUUUGAUGAUGGCUUUAUACUUUCAUCCUCAUCGGGAUGAAAAGAUUGGUGUUGGAGCACAAGACAUUAAGGUUGGUAGCCACUCAAAGUAUCAAAAUACACGUUGCUUCGUAUUGAUACGAUCGGAUGGAACAACAGAAGAUUUUUCAUACCACAAGUGUGUUUUAGGUGCUUUGGAGAUCAUUGCUCCUCAUAGAGUAAAGGGUUAUCAGUCAAAAUGGAUGCAAGAAAAGUUUGAGUGAUCCACCUAUCAUGUACAUAUUCGGGCGUUCAGGUAUGUACAGUGGCAAAAUUAAAAUGGAGGUUUUGGUCUGAAGUAUCCUGAAUGCUGUCAAGUUGCCUUUGACUUAGCCUGUUGUCUUUAUCUUUGCGCAACACCGGAAAGGUUUUGGUGUUUCUCUUUGCUGACCUGUUGCACUACUAUUGAUGAAUUGCACUUCGACUUCGGUGAUGGUGUGGUUCAUCGGUUUUUGAAUCUGUAUACCCCUUUUUUGUUUUUUUUUUAAUCUUUUACAAUUUCGUCAAGAGUUAGUAUAGGAUGUAGAAUAUGUGAACAGGAAGAGAGCUAGAUGAGCUGUUAACCCAUUCUCUUUCUUUGUUUCUUUUGUCAAUAAAAAUAAUAAACUCUCAUCUUGUAUAUUUGAAUUCCUGAGCUUCUUUUUGCUCCUUCUACUCUAACUUGUUUGCCUUAAUAUAAGAAAUAGGCAGAAAAGAUCUAGUGGAAGCAGCAAAGAGAAGCUCGUUCAGGCUGGUCUCUUCAUAAUGUAAUUUACUUGAUGAUAUACAUUCUGGUAUUGUUUGUUUAAUGGCUACUGGGAUCAUGAUUUUUUUUGCUCCCUA